UGCCCCGCAGCCCCUCGCCCCCCGGCCCCGGGCCCCCGGCCACCGCAGGGAGACGUGGUGGGGGCGCUGGGCUGCGGGGGGCUGCGGGGGGCUGCGAUGCGGCAGGAGAUGGCAGAGGGAGCUGCGGCGGAAACCCACGAGGCCAGCAUUUUAAGCCACGCUUCGAGGUUCUGGAGUGGUUCCCAUAUAGCGGCUGCGGGGAUCUCCUGUUUCUAUCCAGACUCCUCCCGUGUCCCACCCUCGGUUAGCAUCCGCUCAGUGAUGGUGACCUGGGUCCCAAGGCACAGGUACUAAUGUAACUUAUUGAAGUGUAUUUGGAGUGAAUGGUUACAACUGUUUCUCGUUCCUUUGGUCCUUAUUUGGAGACCUUCCCUUAAGGUAGUUAGUUUCUGCAGUUUGGAGCGAAAGGGUCUUACAAUGGAUGAAGCCCUCGAGAUUUCGAAGGACGGUAACUCCCUGAUCAAAGCCGUCUAUCAGAGCAGGCUCCGCCUGACAAGGCUCCUGUUGGAAGGCGGAGCCUACAUUAAUGAGAGCAACGAUCGCGGGGAAACCCCUCUAAUGGUGGCCUGCAAGACCAAGCACGUGGACCCCCAGAGCGUCAGCAAAGCCAAAAUGGUGAAAUACCUGUUAGAGAACAACGCCGACCCCAACAUCCAAGACAAAUCUGGAAAGACGGCCCUGAUGCACGCCUGCUUGGAGAAGGCGGGCCCCGAAGUGGUGGCUCUGCUGGUGAAAAGCGGAGCCGACUUGAGUCUGCAAGACCACUCUGGGUCCUCGGCCCUCGUCUACGCGGUGAACGCUGAGCAGCGAGAGACCCUGAGGGUCCUCCUCAACGCUUGCCAGGCAAAGGGGAAAGAGGUCAUCAUCAUCAUCACGGCCAAAUCUCCUUCGGGGAAGCAGACGACCAGACAGUACUUGAACGUGCCGCCCCCGGAUGCGGACGGGGGUCCUUCUCCCGCUGCUUGUACCACCCCAUCUGAAAUCGACGUUAAAACUUCCUUGUCCCCGCUGCCGGAUCCGCCCGAAACGGAAAGGGCCGUCUUCGGCUUUGGGGAUCUGGAUCCGUCGGGAAGCGGCGACGACGCGUCCGAACCCGGCUCCCCGGUCGGGCCGUCCGCCGGGGCCCUCCCGGGGACCAAGCCGGCCCAGGUGCCGCGCCUGCAUUCGGAGCCUUGGAUCAAGAAUUCCCCUUCGCUGCUGCCCCAGCACAAAGUGGCCUCUUUACAAGAAGAGCUUCAGGAUAUCUCUCCCGAGGAAGAAUUUUCCUUCAGGAUCAAUGGGCUGGCCUUAUCCAAGAGGUACAUCACCCGGCACCAAAGCAUCGACGUGAAAGACACUGCCCAGCUGCUCAAAUCCUUUGACCAAGCUAGCUCGAGAAAGCUGUCCUACGAGGAGAUCAGCGCACAGUCCCUUUGUGGAGAAGGCCGGCAACCCAGCGGGGAAAUCCCCGCCGACCAGGAUCCGGAUUCCGUCCAGACGCUAUUCGUUUCCACGCUGAGAAGCAUAGUCCAGAAGAGAAGCUUGGGGGCAAAUCACUACAGCUCGGAUUCUCAGCUCACAGCCGGCCCGACGCCUGCCCCGGCGGAGGACGGCAAAUCGGUGUUAGGAAAGAAAAAGAUCCCCUCCCCGUCCCCGCUCUCCGGGACCAAAGAGUUGCUGGAAAACCUGCCUCCGGCCCCCGUGAGCCGGAGAACCCCUUCCAUUUUGGAGAGGCGCGGCUCCGGGGCUUUCCCGCUAGAGCACUGCGUACCCACCUGUAUGCCCACCAGGCCAGGGUUCCUGCCCCCUUUAAACGUCAGUCCUCACCCACCUAACGCAGAUAUCGGUGCCUAUAGCAAGGUUUCCGGGCUCCUGUCUUGUGGUCAGAAAGCACUGGUGCCAACCGUUCCUUCUUUUCCCAAAGACUUCAAGAGUAAGAAAAUGCUGAUAAGGAGACAAUCGCUACAGACAGAACAAAUUAAGCAAUUAGUCAAUUUUUAAGAGGUUCUGAGCAAGCGCCUUUUCAUCUGCAUCCCAUGGCUAUAUAUGAUAGUCAGAGGACUGAAAGGGAGGGGCCAGAAGUUUUUGCCUUCAGAUAAAUUAGAAGCAAAUCUAGGUGGAAGGCCUUUGGGGGCAGAGAUUCCACAAUCUCUUUUCGUAACACAUUCCAGAAUUCUCUGUCACUCACCAGAUAUUCUGUUUUCUCUGGCCUCUUAUGCCCUUUGGUUAUUUAUUUAUUUGUCUCAUUUUGAAUCCAUUUCCUGCAGCUGUCUAAAAAAUUACAUGCUUCCCAACUUCCCAUUUCUCAAGGAUCAAACCCCCCAUAUUCUCACAUUGAGCAUUUGGGGAUCCAUUAGGAUUUUUUCUUGCUGCCCCAACUGGCACGGGCCCAGAGACUCCCCUCCUCCCCACCCUUUGUACCGGCCCCCAAAAAAAGAAAAAGAAAAAAGGAAUCAGCUUCUGGGAAGGAUGAAUUCAAAUCAGAUAGAAAACUCCAACCCACUGCAGUGGUCCUGAACUCCUUCAGGAUACUAGCUCACAUCAUUAGAUAGAGCAGUGCUGUUACCUGGCAAAGAUGGGCAGCUCUGGGACACUGUUGCCUGCUGAUGAUAUGCUGUGGCCACAGAAUAUUUCAAAGAAGGUAUUCUCCUGUCUCUAUGCCUAUCGAACUCCAGUGAUCUAAAAAUUCCACACUGGUUUCUUAACUUUUGGGUGGAAAAAAGCCCUGUAUAAUUUCAAAUCGAAAGUAAAGAAUAAAGCCAACAACUUCCAUUGCAUCUAUUUGUUUUGGCUUAUAUAUCCAUAGACGUUCUCCAUCAUCUGUUCACAGAAACCCAUUUUUGGCUCCUCAUAAACAUUUAGCAUUUGGUGAAUUCUAAACAUCGAAUGGGAGAUCAUCAAGCAAAGAAAACCCAAAGAAACUCAUUUUAAAAAGAAUUAAAAUGUAGUCUGUCUUUCUAAAAGGUAAUAAAGAGGGUCCUAUGAAAUUGAGUCAUAUUUUUGGAAAUUAUCUCAUCUAUUCCUAGAGCCUAAUUCACCCAAGGACAAUCUUGUCCUUGACUCAGAAGUUGCCCAGACAAUUCCUCUCAAAACUCCGUAACACCUAAUAAUAUUAAAUGGAUAUUUGUGCUGCUGCAGCUUUAUUCCUUCCGUGCCUAUUCAUUUGGAAUGCAGUGUUCCUAUAUAUUUCACAGUAAAACCUGCUUAAGUGCUCUGCAGUACUUUAAUAUAUUUUCUUUAUCCCACGUUUCUUUUCCUACUCAUUUAAUAUAAGCAAAUGGCACUGUUCACAGGGGUAGUUAUUGAAUUCACAAUUAAAAAAAAAUAUUUAAUUGCAGUUUUCUUUUCAUGUAAUAUUUUUGUGAGUGAAUAGAAAUGGUCAAAAUGAUCAUUUUUGCACCACCCCGCACCAAUUUUGCAGUGAUGUGUACCUGUCAUUUGUAAAUAGUUGGGCAAACUUUAGCACUAUUUCUAAUAUUACAUAACAAAAUCAUUUGCAUUUUGUUUUUAAAGGUAACUUACAGGCGCGACAUGCAUAAAUAAAACAUUAAACUUAAAUGUAUAAUUAACUCAAUAAAGCUUAAAAAUGCAA